AUGACCCGUUUAUCAGACUUACCAGACCAUUGUUUGGAAUAUAUAUUCCUCGAACAUUUGGAUUAUCAAUUUGAAGGACUCAAAGCUCUUUAUAGAGUGGAUAAACAAUUUGGUGGACUCAUUAGAAGAUCAAUUGGUAUAAUAACCAAUGAUAAAAAUCUUCCUAAUCAUCAAUUGUUACUUGUUGAUGGAUUUUCUGACUUGAAUCUGGUAAUUGUUGAUAAUGUUAGACAUAAUUAUAAUAAACAUUAUAAGUUUUAUUUUGUUAAUUAUAAUUUGGAAUUGGGUUAUGAUAUGAAGCUUUUUCAGUUAUUUAAUGAUUCUUUAGGCAAACAGUUCAAAAUAAAUUUCUUCCGUCCAAAUUAUCACAUUAAGAUUUCACAUUCUUCUGGGAUUGUUUUAAAACAAGAUGUUAUUGAAUCUCAUGCUAUCACAGAACAUUAUGAUGAACAUUAUGAUGAACAUAUUUUCACAGAUGACUCAUGCAUAGCUGAGAAUAAAAUUUUGCAGAAUCUUCAACAAUUAACAACUAAAAAGUAUCUGUUGGGGUAUAAUGAAUUUUAUGUGGGCGCUAAAACUUCAAACAACUUGCAAGAUGAAUUAUCAUUGAGACCAAUAGAUUCCUCAUUCAAUAUCAAAGGGAAUAAAAAAACAUCAGAGGAUAAUUUUACUGAUGACUCGCUCAAAGAAUAUAUUAAGAGAUUAGUGAUCACCAACUAUAGUAACAACUGGAAAUUAUUUGAAAUAGAUAACUUACACUUAGAAAAUUUGGAGGAAUUGUAUUUGGAUUCAGGAAUGUUGGAAGAUAGACUUUCUGGUCAACCUCAGGAUAUGACAAGUGUUUUUGAUGGUGUAUCUAGGGAUAAAAUAUUUGAAGAAUAUUUUCUUUAUUCGUUAUCAAAUAAUAACUUUCCCAAUCUACAAAAACUAAAAUUGAUGCAUAAUUCUAAACUUAUAUCACUUCAUAAUUCCAAGUUGCCUUUAUUAGAUGAUUUGAAAAUCAAUAAUAAUGUGAUGUUGAACAUUGAUAAUUGUGAUUUUACAUCAUUGAAGUCCCUUGAAAUUAAUCAAUUAUUUGAUAUUUCCAAAAUUGUUAAAGAAGAUCAAAACAUAGCGAAUUUUGCAAAAGAUUUUGGUGAGUUUUGUGGUCGUUAUGAUAUCUCAUAUGAAAAAAUAAAAUCAAUCAAUUUUUUGAAUAUGAAAAACACAGACUUGAAGAGCAUUGAAAAUCUACAUGUCCCCAAUGUGAAACUUUUUGAAUAUUUUAAAGAUUUGGAUUUAGCAAAUUUGAAAACAUUAAAAGUUACAAAUAUUUCACCAAAUUUGUAUUCUAAAAUCAUUAUUUUCUUUGACUUCCCAGAUAAUGACAAACUUCAAUCAUGUCAACAUGUACUUUCACACUCAGAUGUUUCAAAAGAAACACUCACAAAUUUCUUUAAAGAUGUUUUUAGAAAAAUGUUAAGAUUUCAGAAUAAAGAUGCAACUUACCUGAGCUUAUUUACACCAUUGAAUAUUAAUGAACGGAAAUCACAAAUUAAUUCAUCAUCAACUUUGAAUAAAGAUAAUGAGCUUGAACUGGAUGUAAGUACAUCUGUUUCUUACUCUAGUCUUCCAAUUGUUCGUUGCCAGUCAGGUAAAGGGAAAACAAAAGUAACUAAUGUCUUUUACUACUCGUUUGUUAAUUAA